AUGAGGUUGCAAGAACUUCAAGAUGCUAUAAACAAACUUCCAUUGAGACAUCCAAUUGACGUCAAAUUGUAUUGGAGAGCAUCUGAGUUAGGUCAGAAGGUUUUAUAUGAAACAGGUUGCUUCGACGAUGUUUAUGAGAUAACAGGAGAAGUUUCUCAGAAGAUAAGAGACUCACUUGAAUUUCCACGAACUGGACCGAUUGGAUGCGACAAGUUCGACUCAAACGAAAAGAUAUACUAUGUUGACCUUAACGCUGCGUACAUGAGGUUUGUCCAAUAUAUUCCAACUGGAAUUCCAAACGAAGAUGGUGAGUUCCCGGGAAGGAACUAUACAGUUGGAAAAGUCAUACAACAACUGUAUGAUAUUAGGAAAGCUUCAAACCCCAAACUUGCAAUGACACUCAAAUUGCUUAUGAAUUCGACAUGGGGAUAUUCCAUUAAGAAACCUCAAGAGAUGAAGAGUAAACAUUAUGAGAAGGUCGACAACUUUGUUGAAAGGUUUUCUCCUUUUGUUUUGAAGUACGAAUUCACUCAAGGUCAAAAUGGCUUAGUAACCACAUUAAAACCUAUUGUCGAACAUUGGUCUUACCCUCAGUUCGCAAAGGCAGUCCUUGACAACUACAACAAAUUCUUCUCCGAAGUCAAAUCCAAAGUUGUGGUUUACUAUGAGAACAUUGACGCACUCAUGACGAACGAAGAAGGCUAUAACAAACUCAUUGAAAUGGGUUUAGUCGGUGAAAAGAUGGGUCAAUUCAAAUUGGACAAAAUUUUCACCGAAGUUCAUGUCCUCUCCAAGCGUAAGUAUUGGGGUAUACUUGAAGACGGCACAGAAAUAAAACAUUGCAUGAAGUAA